GUUUGAUCUUACUGUUCUAUCUCGUAUUUUAUGGCUUCUUAGCAGCACUCUUCACAUUCACAAUGUGGGUUAUGCUUCAGACACUGAGCAGUGAUAUACCAAAAUAUCGUGACCGGAUUUCUAGUCCAGGACUUAUGAUUUCACCAAAGCCAGACACUGCAUUGGAAUUUUACUUUAACAAGAGUGAUGCUCAGUCAUAUGCAGAAUACGUUUCUACACUUAGAAAAUUUCUUGAAUCAUAUGAUGAUUCAAAGCAAUCCCAAAACAUAAACUGUACACCAGGAAGGAUUUUUGAUCAGAAUGAUGUUGCUGUUAAAAAGGCAUGUCGAUUUAACCUCUCUGAGCUUGGACAAUGCUCUGGAAAGGAAGAUAAGACCUUUGGCUAUUCUAAGGGAACUCCCUGCGUGCUUGUGAAAAUGAACAGAAUAAUUGGAUUAAAGCCUGAAGGGGAACCACGUAUAUACUGUACAUCUAAGGAAGAAGGCAUGGUUGAGAUAAAUUAUUUUCCUCCUGAAGGCUUGAUUGACUUAAUGUACUUUCCAUACUAUGGGAAAAGCUUGCAUGCUCACUAUUUACAGCCUCUAGUGGCUGUUCAACUAGCAAUUAACUCCAACAGUACCAAAGAAGAAAUAGCAAUUGAGUGUAAGAUCCUGGGCUCACCUAAUUUAAAAAAUGAAGAUGAUCGUGACAAGUUUCUGGGACGAAUUGCCUUCAAAGUUCAGAUGACUGAAUAGCAGGAGUAAAAAAUUCUCCACAAAGUAAACAUUGUAUUGUCUGUUUUGUAUCAGCUGGACAUACCAUUCUAGGAUAUGAGACCACCUUGGAGAAUGUUAAGGUGGUUUAUGGUGUUCAGGGUAGCAUAAUAAUAUGCUUCCAAAUUGUAUGUUUAAAAUCCCUCAAAAUAAAUGCCUAUCCUGCUUCUGCCUGCCCCAUUGGAACAAUGUACAGACUAUAGUUAUGUCAUAGGGACCUGUAAAUAGCUGUUUUCAAACACAUAAUAAUGGUGACCUUUGUCCUGUUCUAAAAUGUGGUUUUAUCCCCCAAGUGAGUGUCUCAACCUAAAUGUGCUGUGCUAUGUAAAUAUUGUAUUGAUUUAACACUGGUUUAACUGUCAUAUCUCAAUGCUGACACAGUUAUAGGGAUAAAUAAUAAAUGGUACCUGAUUGACAUAGUGACUUUUUGUAAAAGUAAACACCUCCAACGUAAAUUGUGUGUAUGGGAGUGGGUGGGUGGAUGGAUGGAUGGCUGCGUGGAGAUGCCUUAAAUUGUAGACUGGGUGGCGUGGGAGAAUUGAAAUGGAUUUUAAGAGUUGGUAUGGACUUCUGAAAGUAAGUGCUCAACUAGUACUUUCUUGUGCUUGUCACUGUGCAAGUAUUGUGUACAUGUAAUACUUGGUAUAGAGUUUGGUAUUCUAGCUGAAGAAUUGCAUCCUUCUUCGUGGUGUUAAUUGCUUGCGAUAUGUGGAGCACAAAUAAAAACUAGACAAUAUUUUAAAACUUUUUAGUUCAGAAAUACCAAUAUACAACAAUUUACAUUGUUAGGGUCCUGGUAACAGUUGUACAACAGAGCUGCUUAAAAGAAAUGGCUUCGCUAUUGUGGGAACAGGCUUUCAUUUUCCAAUUAAAAAAUUUCCUGAAGAAACUCUGUUUAA